CGAAUACAUAUUUGUCGGACGUUUAAAAAUAAAAGCUUAUUUUGACUUUGACAUUUGGAAACUGACAGCGGCAGCAAGUUAAUUUUGACAGCUCUUUUUGUGUAGAAUUUUGUGUUCAACAUGGCUCGCGGCCCAAAGAAGCACUUGAAGCGUUUAAACGCGCCCAAAGCAUGGAUGUUGGACAAACUUGGCGGUGUGUACGCACCGCGGCCAUCCACCGGUCCCCACAAGUUGCGGGAGUGCUUGCCACUGGUGAUUUUCCUGCGUAACCGUUUGAAAUACGCGUUAACUGGUAAUGAGGUCUUGAAGAUUGUGAAACAACGGCUAAUCAAGGUUGAUGGAAAGGUCAGGACAGACCCCACGUACCCCGCUGGAUUUAUGGAUGUUGUGUCCAUUGAAAAGACAAAUGAAUUGUUCAGGCUUAUCUAUGAUGUUAAGGGUAGAUUCACCAUUCACCGCAUCACACCUGAAGAAGCCAAGUACAAGCUGUGUAAGGUGAAGCGCGUGGCGACAGGCCCCAAGAAUGUGCCGUUCCUGGUGACGCACGACGGCCGCACGCUGCGCUACCCCGACCCGCUCAUCAAGGUCAACGACUCCGUUCAGCUGGACAUCGCCACCUCCAAGAUUAUGGACUUUAUCAAGUUUGAAUCAGGAAACCUGUGCAUGAUCACGGGCGGGAGGAAUUUGGGGCGAGUGGGGACCAUCGUGUCCCGCGAGCGACACCCGGGCUCGUUCGACAUCGUGCACGUGCGGGACUCCACGGGGCACACGUUCGCGACGCGCCUCAACAACGUCUUCAUCAUCGGCAAGGGCACCAAGGCCUACAUCUCGUUGCCCAGAGGCAAGGGAGUCCGGCUCACCAUCGCGGAAGAGAGGGACAAGCGUAUUGCCGCGAAGGUCGCUGCGCAGUAACAGCUUAGUUAAUAAAUAAGGAAAAUCUA